UUGAGUUCGGAGAUCACUUGGGACGAUGAUUCUACUAUGUUUACUCAAACAAUUGAUCAAUGUGGCUACUUGUACUACCAAUACAAUGAGACGGCUAGUCCUUACGAUCGAGUUCCCCUUCUAGAAAAGAUUAAUGAGUUGAGCAAGCAUUAUCCUUGUUUAUUUGACCUCGGCAGCGCAGAUGUUUCACCUUAUAGUUGGAUGGCAAUAGCUUGGUAUCCUGUCUAUCAAAUCCCACUGGCAAGGGAAGUGAAAGAACUGUCGGCAUGUUUCCUCACCUACCAUCCAUUGCCAUUUCUACCUCAAGGCAGCAAAGAAAGAAGAGGUUUCGCUCCCUCCUUUUGCAGCGGUUGCUUACAAGAUGUUUUGAAUAUUAUGGAUUAA